CAAUUUCACAAUACUUGUUGGACAUAAUUGCAGAGUGUUUGACAUCCCUGUGUUAUUAACAGCUUUGGAGAAAACGUCUAUGUUGGAAAACUUUAUCUCAGUUGGUGUGGCUGGUUUUGUAGACACCCUACCUCUUUUUAAAAGCAAUGUUCAUGAUUUGCCUUCAUAUACACAAGUCAGUGUUUAUGAGUCAUUUUUAAUGAAAGGUACAAUGCUCAUGACUCAUUGGAAGAUGUUAAAGCCUUAAAUGAAAUUUUAAAACUUAUGAGACCAAGUUUAUCUAUAUUGUCAAAUUUUUCAUGCUCACUAGAAUCGGUUCUCACAAUGUUCAAGUUCAAAGCAAAUUCGAAAAUAUUAUUUGAAACACUAAAUCCUCUGUUGGAAACAAAAUCUAUUUCAAAGGGUAUUGCAAAUAAAAUAGCUAACAGUGGUCUUGCUCUAUCACACCUUCAAUUAGCAAUAAAAAGAGAUGGUCAACAGGGAUUGAAUAGUUUGUUAUCUGAGACAUGUGGGGGUUUUAAAGUACGAGUGACAAAGUCAAAGAAAAUUAUUCAGUCUAUAUUUAUGUGCCAAGGAAGUUUGGAGGAAUACAUGUAGUUUUACUUCAUGUAUAUACUUGCGCGAAAGGCUCUUAGCUAGAUAACUGUUUGUAAUUGGAAUGUUAUUUAUUACAAUUGCAUUUAGGUGGAACAGUAGGAUCCAAUUAUUUUCCUAAAGGUUAUAGUGGAUUUAAGAGGGGUGGGUGGAUGAUGUUGGAAUACCUUGUGAACACUAUAUAAUUACUAUAAGACAAAAUGUCCAUGUACAUUAUUCAAUUCUUAUUGGUACUUACAGAAAAAGUGUCUGCUAAAGAUUAUGUUGUAAAAAUCACUAAAAUACUUUUCAUAAGGAUAAAAAAAAAUUGAAUAUAAUAAUUCACACAAGGUUUGAGACAUAACUGUAUUGUACUGCAGUAUAUAUAUAUAUAUAUGACUGGCGUCAUGAGAAAAGGGCCCUUACGGUCAAAAUUUCACAAUUUUAGUUUUUCCUAGAAUUUUAUUAUGUAUCAUUUUCUGUUCACAAAAAUACCAAAUUUAUGCUGAUAUCACGUUAUUUAACGUUUUAAUGACAAUUUUUGGGAUACAUCUGUAAAAAUAUUGGAAACGUCAAAGUAAAAAAAUUGUAACAUCAUACGUCAAAUAUUAUGCUAAUUAUAUUGCGUGUCCAUGAAAUGAAUUCCAAUUACUGUCAUGUAUUCAUUUCAAACACAAAUAUUUGAUCUUAUAUUGUGGGGAAAAAGAAACAUUAUAUAGAAAUGGUAAUAUUUUAAUUUCCAACGACCUGAACACCGGUGAAUUCGCACGGAAAGACGUAGCAUCAAUUUUACCAUUCCAGAUUAAGGUCACAUUUACGCAAUCAUUCUACUUAUGUGUUUAGAACUCACUUUAAACACAAAUAUGCAUAAAUGAAUGAAUAAAUUUAAGGUUAAAUAGUAAAUGAAUAAAUAUAGUUCAGUGACAUUACUUGUCGGCGAUCAUUCAUUCCUCAGGCAGAUCGAGACAGGCGCGGAUCUAAAAAAAAAUUUCAAAGGGGGUGAAGAGGAAAUGCAGGGGCGGAUCCAGGAAUUGCUGUUACGAGGGCACCACUUUAUGAGGCAGGGGGGUUGGGGGCCGCCUUGAGGCCCCCAGUGGGUCCAGGGUGGGGGGCCCAGGGGCGAAGCCCCCGAAAGCUCCUGGAUUUUACAGAUUUUAUAGGACUUAAAAUAUGUCUCCUAUUUAAGUCAUUUUUACUAUUUUCUAUCAUUCUUAAUCAGGUGAAAUUAGUAAAAUGACGCAAAUUUUAAGGGUUUUUGGAAAAAAUUAAGUUCUCCCAAUGAAGUAAUUCAAGAAAGCAAAAAGAUUUUGUCAUUCAUUUCUCCGGGAGUGGAAGAAAUUAUUGCUUCUUUUAUCGUUUAGUACAUUUGUCUAAACAAGAUAUCACGAUUUACCUUAAAUUUGAAAAUUUUAGGAGGGAGGGGGGGGGGGGGCGGCUGCGCCCCCCUUAAAUCCGCCACUGAAAUGAGAGUUGCUAUAACGUACGUUAAUAUAAUUAAACGACAACUUAACAGGGAUGCUAUCAAUUUGUAUUUCUUAAUUCAAAUUUGGAUUAAUGUUAUUGUAUAAUUAUCAGACGUAGAUCUGUCACUCUUGAUUUUAAAACGAAUCCUGUUUUAAAAUGCAUUCCGAUUUACUCCCAGUAAUUCGGUUUUUUUUUUUAAAUAAAAUGAAAUAUUACAGAUACAAACUAUAUAAAAAAUAAAUAACUCUAUAGUCAUUCUCUCCUCCCCCUCUCUCUCUAUCUCUCUCAUUCUCUCUCUCUUUAAUUUAGCGAAUCCAAAGGGGGGGUGCAAUCCCCGUAACCCCCCCCCCCCCCUCUAGACCCGCCACUGCGAGACACGGUACAUCUUUGACUGAGUCUUUUACAAACGAUCUUGCCUGACGGUACAUGUAUUUUUGUCUUAUGAAUUUGAUUCAUGAUAAUAUAAGUUCAUUUUGUAUUUAAUCAGAUAUAAAGUUAUCUCACCUUUAGCUAAAACCCGCGGUAGUCUCCUGUUAAAUAUAUCAACAGCUCUGUUUCGACACAAUGUAAUUAGCUUUUCGUCAUACACCGGAAAGAAAGUGAAAAUUUCGAAAUAGCACACUUUGAAAUACCCGACAGAUUACAAAAAUUUGUGUAUUCCAGUUCCACUACAGCAACGUUUUGUGAGCGAUGACUACGCGCGUGCAUUUCACUUUACACUGUUCUUACCAGGUUUGAAAGAAAACCACAAUCUAAUUAAAAUCAGACUUCUUAGAUCCGCGCCGUAUACGCUGCGUAUUGUAGCGAUAUUGUGAGCGUAUUGUAGGAUCUGAUUUUAAUUAGAUUGAAGAAAACCAUUGUUUAUCGCAAAUGUAAACUAUAUUUUAACCAAAAUAAAGCAUUAAAACUACUGUCGUUGAGAGAUACCAAUAAAUGUACGAGAAUCCAGUAUCUGCUAGAUUUUUUAUGUGGUCAGGCAGAUGAAAUCUUUAUAUGGUCCGACCAAAAUGCACCAGCAUAACGUAGCGAUUUUUAUUCUGAUCUAAGAAAAUAAAAGAAUCAGACUUGAUACAAAAGAGCGCUAUCCAACACAAAAUGUAUUUAUCAAUUAAUUACAGAGAAAGUAUAUACAUGUAUUAUUUAACCUGCACAACUAUCGCGAAUGGAUAUGACAUCUGUAUGAUGUACCAUGAAUAAAACAGUGUUAGGGCGAUGGGACGGCAUUUGAACCACCAACGCCGAUCUUAUAGUCUUCAUGAAUAAGGUAGUGAUUUUACUAUUUUUACUGCCCCUUCCAUAAAUGCCCCGAAAAGGUGAAUUUUUCUUGGUGUUGUGAACUAGAGGGUCCCUCUUAUCUAGAAUUUUGGGGAGAAAUUCAAGGUUUAAUGAACCCGAGACAGUUGUUUUGAGCAAGAGGCAUCGGAGGGCGCGCACGUAUACGUGCUAUUAUUCUCUCUAGUGAGGUUUACACAUUCAUAGUAAACUGCGUGUCGAGAUGCAGAAAUAUUUCAAUAUUUAGAACUUCAUAACCAUGGAAUUAUAUCUUAAAUUGAAAACAAAAAUGUAUUCCGUUAUUUUGCAAUAGAUCGUUUGUAAUACUUAGAAACUGUUUUCCCAAAGUUAAAAAUAAAAUCAUGUGAAUGAAAAAAAUCAAACUGAAAUACAGCAGUCACAUAUGAUGUGGUAAUUUGAAUGUUUUUUGAAGCGCGUGAAGUUUUUACUUUUGUAUAUGACUGUACCUUGAGAAAUUUCGUUUCUCCUCCUUUGAGACAGUGACCAACACGCGGCAUCGAGUAAAAUUUACAUUUUAGACACACAUUAGAUCUGAGACGGGCGAUUUUAAUGUAAGGAAAACAUAAAUUGUUGACAGCCCCACCUUACUAUUUGUUGUUUUGUUUGCAUCAUAAUUUGCACUAAAGAUAUAGAUGCAAUGUUUCACAAUAUGGCAGCGUAACCACCGGACAUGUAGUAAUAAAAUGAAAUACAUGUAGCGGUUGUGUAUGAAUAUUCGCUGUUCACGCGUCGCAUUUAUUCAGUUUGUGUGCGUGAAAUAGUAAAAGUUUACAUAGACAUGCAUGUACCGGGGCAUCUGCAAGUAUUUGACAUUGGGGAGGCGAAAUGGAUCGAAAACUAGCAUGUUUUGGCUUAAAUUCAGAAUCCCACCUGAAUUUUGAUAUAAUUCUUUUCCUAUUUUGUCAAUAUCUUCAGGACACCAUAGCAACUGUAAAAAGAGAUCAUUUAAAUAAAUAUUCUUUUUAAAAUUUGUAGAACUUUACCAAUAAACAUGAAUUUAGCUACAGUUCCGCCUCUAACAUGAAUUAUGACAGAUCUACCAUUGCUCCCUCACAGACAGAAUUGUAUCUUGUGAAAAAUCAUAUCAUUUUCGACGAUGCUGGCAAAAGAAGUGCAUGAGAUUUGUGCUGUAUAUUUGACAUAGGGUACUGCAGGGAGUGGCAAUCCGUAUUCACUGUAUUGGAAAAUCACGUACGGAAACGAAAGGGUGAGUCCAUUGUUGCCAUGUGACUUGGAAGUUCAUUCUUCACAUGCUUCAUACAAGUAUCAUGCACAACGAAAUAAUCUUAUACAUAAUGCUAGUACUCUUACAAGUACAAUAUGCAAGAGCCUUAUGCAUUGAUAGGUUGUCCCCCUUGUUUUCAGAACGUUCAUUUUCCGCUAUUUUUACAUGCAUAGUUAUUUUUACAUUAAAGAAGAUCUAUUUAGUGACUUCCCCUUUACCCCCGGGAUUGUGACCUUUGGACAAAAUAACACAUCUAUCGGAGGCUUGUUUUGGGUUGUCGAUAAUAUUAGCCAACUUCUCCGUAACCCCCCCCCCCCCCCCCUUACUUUGUACUACGUGACUCGUAAGCACUUUUUCUUAAUUUUUCUUAUUAUAAGCUGAAAUCAAAUUAUUUGAUAUUCGUUAUGGUUAAAUGUAAUAUAUAUAGAUACUAUUUACUACUUUAAAUGGCGAUAUUAAGUUGUGUUUAAUCAUCUAAAGUACAUACAAUAGUACACCUUUUGGGCCCUAGACAUAAAACUUCCAUUAAAUAAUUAGUAAUUGUAUUAUCAUUAUUUGACCUGAAAUGUUUGUCUCAAUUUGAAUUACAAUGGUGGAUUAUCAGAAAUCUAAUUUUACAGCUCCAUAUAACAUAUCAGUAUGUUUGGAAAAUAGAUCGAUUCCUUCGAUUAGUUUUUACGUGUAUGUACGGUACAAGUAUACAGGACUGUACAUAGAUCUGUAAAUGUGAGAUAAAUCAAAUACUGUAUGGAUAUAAAUACAUGUAUAUAUUUAAUCUAAAAUUAAAGGUGCAUCAAAACUAGGAACAAUAUGUACUACGAUAAUUAACAGAAGGUUGACAAAACACGGACAGUCACAGAUGCACGGAAAUAGAUAAAAAUAGUACAAAUCACGGAUUCAUUUUGCACAGAUGAUAAAAUUUUCCGUGUAUUUUUUGAAAUAUAGAAUAUGCUAUUGAUUUGUGGCUUCGAACGUGCAAAAUGAAUCCGUGAUUUGUACAAUUUUUUCUAUUUCCGUGCGUCCGUGACUUGUCCGUGUUUUGUAACUGGCGUAAUUAACAAAUAUCGGUACGACUCAGCAUAUUAACAAAGCGUGGUGUAUAACAUUUUUAUUUGGAAACCCGUACGUAUUUACUAGACUGCAUAUGUAUUAACAAACACAAGUAUUUGUACCUGUUCAGUACAAUUAAUGGCACGUAAUAUCUAACUAGAAUUCUUCUCGGACAUAUACAGAGUCUAUGUUGGAACUGCCAUGUGAUUAUUUAUAUAAUUAAUGCAUCCAGAAUGUAAGCAAAUGCAACCAACAAACAUUUUUUUUUUACGUUGCCGCGAUUUUGACGUUUCAAGUUCACGAACUUUGACGUCGUUUUCUGUGAAUUGUGACGUCGAAAGAUAAGGGCCCUUUUCUCAUGACGCCAGUCAUAUAUAGUGUAUAUAUAAAAAGUGUGUUUCUUUGUAUAUAUCUAAUGUAGAUUUUUCAUAAUGAAAGCCUAGUAGUGUGUAAUGGAAUUUUGCAAAUUAUUUUACUAGGAGAGGGCUAUCUAAGUUUUUGAACUUGUGCCUAAUCCUUUUGUUGGUUUAUGUAAACGAAAUAUGUUUUAUUCAAUUCAUUUCUGAUAUAAAACAAAUUCCUUUUAAUUCUAGAAAUAAUACAUAUUGAGAGUAGUAUAUAUUGCCACAAUAUGUAAGGAAUAAAAUACUGCAAAUAUGUGUAUUUUGCAGGUUCUAAUUGAUAAUUUGUUUGAUAUUUUACUUUUAAAACAAUCAGGGCUGUGUAAAAAACUGAAGAAUAUAAUCAAACUAAACUUUUUAUAUUUUAUUUGAUUAUAUUGAUAUUAUUGUAAUAUAACAAGUGUGUGAAUUAAGAUCAAAUCAAGUAUUUUUCCAAGCUAUACUGAUUAAUUAUGAUAUUGCAAGCAUUUAUCAUGGUAGUUUAUGCUCAAAAUGCAAUUUUCCUGGAAAACAGAGGAAAUUCGAGUGCUAUUUUUUACAAUUGUGUUUGUGUUAUCUGGAAAAAAAAAUAUAAAAAAAUUUGCAUAUCAAUUGUUAGUAACCACAUAUUAAAAUGUUAAUAUCUUAAUAUGUAACUUUUGUCUUUUUAAUGGGGGAAAUAAGCAUAACCUGUCUGUAGUAGUUAAAAUUUGUGAAAUUUUCAAUGACCUUUAGUUGAUCAUAUCUUUUUAUCCAACUCAUUGACAUAACAAUAUUUUCCGUUAUUCCUGUAGCUAGGGAUACCAUCUUUAACUCAUAGUAAAAUUAAUAAAAUUUAAUUACAUUUAGUUAGUGUUUUUUACCAUUUUCAUUGAAAAGUAUAUCCUCAAAAACACAUUUUUUAGAGGCGCUGAGGAAAUUCGGACUGAAUUUUGGGUAAUUUGUGUUUGUGUUACAUGAAAAAAAAUUUCACAUCAUAGUGUCUGCACAUAAACUGUUUGUAUGAUGGUCAUUAAAUAUAUCUAUAUUAUGACCUGUUUGUUUUUUGUACACAUCUUUGGAUCUACCACUGCAAAAAUUUGACGUCAUGCGUUUUUUUUCAACAUUGUUAGGUUCAGGGGUUGUUUCCAUGGAAACGAACUCAUUGACAUAUAUAAAAAUUGUCAUUUUUCAAACGAGAGAGACCUCCUUUCCAUGAUAAAAUGAUUUUUUGAAAAAUCUAAUUACUUUCAUCUCAGCAUCAUAUCCCCUUAAUAUCUACUUUCAAUAAAAUAUCUAAGUAUGAAGCAGGAGUGGACGACGCUGUGGUGUCCUUUAAUUCGAGUUCAUUGGGAUAUAUUGAAUCGACAUAUGGAUGAAAAUUAUCAUUGUUAAUAAAUAAUACGUCGUCGAUAUAUCUAAACAUCGAAUUGAAGGCCACAGCAAGAGAUAUUUUCUUUUCACGUAGAAAUUUUUGACUAAAGUCUACUUCAUAGGAAUACAAAAACAGGCCAGCUAACAAAUGAACACAAUUCGUGCCCAUGGGAAUUCAAACAGACUGUUGGAAGACCUGAUUACCAAAGACCACGAAGAUAUUAUCAAUUAGGAACUCCAGCUUAUAUUUUUAUUUCAACUUCAGAGUACUUGUGCGUGGAAUCAGAGUGGCGUUUGAAAAAGUAAUUUUUUGAAUGACUGAUCACUAGAUAGGGAUAUUUGCGUCUUUAACAAUAUAUCAGAGGACUGAUGAGAAGUUAAAUAUGGGACAGAGCAUAUCUCAGAAGCAUUACUGUCAUAUAUAUCUUUCAUGUACAUUUCCAACUCUCCCUACCCUCUACUGGCAAUCCACUAGCCCAACUCCCCAGAUAUAGUUUUCUUUUAUAAACCGGGAUGGGUUGUUUUUUUCAAGCAUCUGCAUGUGCUUGGUAAAUCUUAAGAUUAUAAAAGUAAUUGAAAUUUUGACUUAAGUCUAUCAUCAGUUUAUGAUCUUGAAGCCUUUUCCAAUCAGAAGGUGUCCAGGGAUUUACCCUGGAUUGUAUUCCAUAUACCUGUCAGCUCGAGACAUUUGAUUGCGUCGAGAUUCCUUGUUAUCUAGAGUUCUCAUUAUCCAGUUACUGAUUAAAUACAAUAGAACAUGAUGUGGUAUUCUACGUGUUGUAUAAGGAGGAUAAAAUAAGGAGUCAAUUAUUAAUUAAACUAACGUCUUUAACAGGAAUUAUGAACAAUGUGUGCGGAUAAACAAUGCAUUGUGGUGCGACGUAGCAAUAUGUAAGGCUUGGUGUGGUGCUGGAAUUUAGGAUAGAACUCGGUACUUUUCAGUUACCAAGUCUUAACCACUAGGAUAUCCCCCUCCCCCGAAAGUGCGAAAAUGAAUAUCAUUUAAUAACUUUCAAAGUGAUGACUUAACAAGGAUGCUGAUUGGUUGAAAAAUUCGUUUGAUUUCUCUGUCAAAAUUUCGUUCGGAGUUCAUCUGCACUAACCACGCGGGACUACUUUUCUCUGACAUGCGUCUUCCCCGUUCUUAUUUUAGCGCUAUUUAUAGAACGGGAUUUUCUACACAAACAUUAUAUAUAACGACAUGCAUUCAUUUGAUUUUUGUUUUUCAUUGCUAUCAAAAAUAAGCACCACUAAAGAUAUGAAUAAAAUACAAAUUAAUUUAAAGAAACAACAUACAUAGACGAUGACGUGGCAGAAUAGUCAACUUGAUGACGUAGACCACUUAUUGGUAGAAGUAGACAUAUUACAAGAGUUCCGGGUAUCAAUCGUCUGCUUCACGAGAUCGAUAACAUGACGGAGCAAGUGGCGACUUCUGAUCUGGUAAAUAUUAAUGAAAUUGAACUGCAUUAUAUGAGGCUCAGUCAACGAGUGAGCUUUACAUGUAGAUGAAAUGGUGUUGAACUUUUUACUCCAUAUUGAAAUGGAGUUGAGUUGCAUUCCAUCUUUCCAACGACACAACCAGUGUUCAACGUCUCCUCCAACGAAAUGCAGCAUAAAUCCAGUCACCACUUGUUAUCUUCCUUUAUAUUUAAUUCAGCUUUUAACCAUUGCACCUUUAAUUUGGCGUAUAAUCGAUUUAAAUCUGCACAGUAACUGUUCCUGACCUGAACGCACAGCCAUGCCGCGCCGUCUUGUUGUUGUUUUCAUUCUUAUAUGUAUUACUACGCACCAUUUCAAAAACGUUAAUUCAAGCUUUUUGAUGGGAGAAACUAUUUGUUUUUCUAUCUUAAAAACAUAAUUAAAUGAUAAGAAAUAAAACUUAGUUUCAUUUCUUAAAUCAGAAUGAGACGAAAGUUCACCUCCUCAGCCUCAUCUGGGUUACGAAUACUAGUCAAGUAUUUCCGCUUGUCUCAACGGUCACACCGUUCAAUGUACAUAUUAGAUACCGACUUUAUGUAUAAAAAAAAAAUAAAGUAUGUUUGAAGUUACAAAUUAAUAGAUUAUAUUAAGAAAAUGCACGGAAAUUUUCAUCAUCCGUGCAAAAUAAAUUUGUGAUUUGUACUAUUUUUUUUCAUUUCUGCGCAUCAGUGACAGUCCGUAUUUUGUCAACUUCCCAAUACAUACUUUACGUGGCUGUGUUUCUUGUGGGGUUCUUUUUUCGUGUUUUUUUUCACUAAAUUGUUUUUGCCUUUUGUUGAAGCUCUAUCUUUUUUUUUCCCCCGUUUCCGUGGAUUACUUCAAGGCCUAAUUAUGCAAUCGUUCAAAAAUAAAUCAAAACAUGCAUUUUACACAUACGGUGAAGUAUUCUGUGAAUGUAAACGCACAGUCAACACAUUGUACCUUGCUACUGUAUAUAUAAUGUUUACAAAUAGGCUCGGAAAUUAAAUGUACAUAUACUUUCCUUGUCAAGUAUAUACGAGGGGGUUCAGGCCUAUAGAGCAAUAGCUGUAUUGUGAAGGACCUUUACGUAAGUAUGUGGAUAUCAAAGUACCAAGUGGAUUUCCUGCAAUUGAGGAUUGCCGGAAAAUGAAAUCAUUUCAUUCACUAUUUAGCUCUACAGAGUCACCACCUCGUCAGAGUUGACUACGAAAUAUGCGAGGAUGGAGCCUACAAUGAAUCACUCUUUGAGCAACACGACGAGAUCUGUGUUGACCAUUGAACAAUAUGAAUUUCAGGAAUUUCUCCAAGACGAUAUCGCUGUGGUGGUUUAUCUUAUCCUUCUGUGUUUUGUCGGAACUAUAGGGAAUGGACACGCUUUUAUAGUGUACCACGUGAGAUAUAAACCUUCUAAUCACCGGACUUUUGUUGUCUGGUUAGCCGCCAUUGACUUCGUGGCUUGUACCGUCAGUGCGCCGUUUGAAAUCGUGGAUAUUCGUCAUGGCUACACGUUUGACUCCGGUGCUGCCUGCAAGUGUUUCCGAUUCGUAAAUCACGUGGUCAGCAUAGCAUCGGGUCUUAUGCUGGGUGUAAUUGCCAUUGAGAGAUAUCGCAAAGCCUGCUGUCCUUUCGGAAGACAGAUUUCCGAGAAAGAAGCAGCAGUCUCGUGCAUGGUUACUGUGGGUGUGUCUUUUCUGGUGGCAACUCCUUCUUUUUAUCUGUAUGACGCAGCAGAAAAACUAACGGACAUUCAGGGAUUGUCUGGCACAGAUUGUACUACGGGACUCAGCAAGGGACAACAAUCCUUUUUCCGGAUAUAUUCUAUCUUACUGUUACUGAUGACUACAAUCAUAUUCAUAAUUUGUAUCGUGGCUUACUCUUUUGUCGGCAAAAGUCUGUACAAACAAAUGACAUUCCGACAAUCCGCGCAGCUAAAAAAUGUCCAAAAAACUAUAAGUGGAAACUCUGUUAGCAGCGAUAACAAAAUGAGUGUCACGUCUGUGCGGAUGAAAAUGAUGGCUGAAAAGUCGGAAGGGAGCAGUUGUCAGCAUAUCCAUGACGAGGAAUCUAGCGUAUAUUCUGACAAAAACAAAGUCAUGUUGCACCCACCUGGCAGACCUACAACUUUACCUAUGAUCAAAGGCAAAAAAAGAUUAGAUCGAACUCGGAGGAUCACGUUGAUGUUUUUGAUCGCCACAGCCGUGUCGUAUGUCGGAUACCUACCGAAUCUCAUCAUUCUUGUCAUACGGGCUGUGCGUCCUUCGGCAUAUCAAAAUUUGGCUCGCAGUCUCGGAAUGUUCACUUCCGUUCUCCUGCGUGGGUACUUCCUCAGUAAUGUGACAAAUCCGUUAGUGUAUUGUUUUGUGGAUGACAGAUUUCGUCAGGAGUGCGGUUUGUUGUACAGUAAAGUAUUCAGACUUCCUGCCCGGCGGAAAUCGCUGUAGAAAUUGUUAUAGAUGUAAUGAUUGUUAUUCAAUCACUCAUAUACAUACUCCUUAUUUUCAUGAACUCAUGAUAAGGAUCUAUUCAGAAAUGUUAUAUUCAUACUAUGGGAAUGAAAAUGUAGCUACAGUACACGACACGAGUUUUAUGCGUGUUCCACGCAACGCGGUGGAACAAAUUUGCCCCAAACACGGUGGACCUUUAAAAUUGUCGGCACCUUUGAAGUCCUAUUUUUCCGCGCGAGCUAGACAUUGAAGUCCACGGAGGAUCUCCGUGGAUGUCACCUGUACCUCCGUCGAUGCCACCGUGUACCUCCGUGUGAUAAAACAAAGAAAUAAUUUCCGAAAUGAUUCACCCCAAAGACCUUUUCGCUUAGCCAGCAAGCAAGCCCCCACCCCAUUACUUAUUUAGAAAUUAGCUAUCAAUCAUUCAAUUCUUGUAAUUGUUGUUUAAUGAUACGUUGGUGUUUUCGGUACAUAUCCGAUUGUAGACUUCCCUGCAGACGUUCACACCUUUUUAUGAAACGCCCAAAUUCUCGACAUCCUGUAAAUAAACACCUGUGUUAUUCCUACCACUCGUCGGUAUAUUGUUUCACGGCACGUGCAGCACAAUUUCACUAAAUAAAAGAAGGGUCGUGAACAACGACAAUCACAUGCCAGUAAUUUCAAUUUGAUAAAUAGCAGUUCAAAGAAAUAUGUACCAUAAGCAAUGGUUUAUUUUUACGUAAAGUUUUCAUUGUAAUUAGGAAUAUGUGAUUAAGGUCAGCUAUAUACAUGUACAUGUUUACAUUGGAGAUGAAUUUCAUUAUGUACUCAACUGUGAAGCAAUGUGAGCAAAGAAUAAAAUUUUUAUCACCUAAACAAAUAAAAAUUAAGAAUAUCUUUACUUUUAAACAAACCUUUAGAAAACUCCGUACUUUCAUUAAGAAAAUAAUAAAAUAAGAUGUGCUCCCCUACCUAGAAUGCCCAUACUUCACAUUAAUAAUAACACGGUUUUUUAAGGGUUUUUUUCUAACUUGAAAAAUACUUUAUUUCACGCAUGUAUUAUUUACUAAAUGUAUAUAUAACAGCUUUUUGUCUUUAUAUUUUUGUAUACCAUUGCAUAAUGGUGAUGAGAUCCAAUAAAUUGAGUUGAGUACAAUCCAUGAAGUCUUGAAAUAUCACAAAGUAUAGAGUUGACACACAGGCACUCGACGUUUUAAAUAUCUAUAAUAAAAAAAUUUGUCUUCCUGUAAACAUAAUAUUGACCUUGUCAAUAUUAUGUUUACAGGAAGACAUUUUUUUUUUAAUAUAGAUAUUUAAAACGUCGAGUGCCUGUGAGUUAUUAUAGAUAUUUAAAACGUCGAGUGCCUGUGAGUUGACAACCAUUAAAAUAAAAAUGCAGACCUUUUCUCGUUUAUUUAGUAACUCAAUAACUUGCGGGUCUUCUGAAUGAAAGUUGUAAAACAAACGUACUAGGUUUUGGUCAGUUAUAACAUAAUACGGGGGUAAAAUUCAUCUAAUCUCCGCUAGCAAUGGGUUUUGAGUCAACUGUGCCUUCGUGGACGAAUAAUCUCGGCUAGCGAAGAUUGGGGGGGGGGGGGGGGGGGGGGAGCCUAGAUAGUCCGCUUGCAUUAACAUGUAUUAUGAAGGUGAAAUCGAAGAAUUAUCCAGUAAAUCCAAUGAUGUUGCAGUAAAAAAAAACAUGUAUUUAUUUUAUUUUUGACUGAGAGGGAGAUAGACAGCUAAGCACGUAACAUCGUUUUGGAAGGGGGGGGGGGGGGGGGGGGUCUCAUUCAUUAGUCCUAACCCGGACCAGCCGAAAAAUUUAACAUGUAAAGAAAACAAAAUGGGAAAUAAAAAACAAUAUCAGAAUGAAAGGGAAUGGAUAAUUAAUCAGAAAGAAAUUGUACUUUCAAGAUUUAUAUUGAACGUAUUAAACUUCCCGUAUCUGCAUACAAUCAUAAAUAUUAUAAUCAAUGAUUGCCAAUGCCCGCGCUCUCUCUCUCUCUCUCUCUCUCUCUCUCUCUCUCUCUGUGUGUGUGUGUGUGUGUGUGUGUGUUGCUUUCAUUAUCUAAUACAUCUAAAGAUUAAAUUAAAGAUUUUAAUAAUCGAUAGCGUAUAUGAAUAACAGCAAAUAAUUGGUAAGUCAUUUCUGUUUAUGUUGAUAUUAGUCUUUUUCAUGAACUACAUGUAGUUGCAGAUUUACAUCCUUAAAUAUUGAUUACAAGCACGUAGAAUCGGAGAGGGUGUAAUUUGAAAACUUGAAAGUUAAGGAUUUAGCCUUGUAGUUUGUAGCGACCUACCCACUGCACGAUUUAAGAAAUUGAAGUCGGAAGGGGGAAUUGAGACAGUUUCAGUCAACUAACACCCCCCCCCCCCCCCCCCACACACACACACACACACACACUCCCAAUUUAAGGUUUUCGUAAUCGGACAAUUUAAGCACCAUUUUUGUUGUUAUUUUAUUGCUUGUCAAGAAAUUUACACAACUUAACCGGCAACAUACCCCUACUGAUACAUUGAAAAAUAUAAGUAAUGUUAACACGGGGCUCUAUAAAGUUUAAUCUGCAGUUUGGUCAUACUUCGUCAUUCAAUAACUUAUUCAAAAUAAAAAAAAAAAUGUUUGUCGGGUUUGCGGUACUAUGAUGUAUGACUAUAACAAUGACCUGUGUAUAACUUGUACAUUCCAUGCAAAUUCGAAGGGGUUUUCGCCUCAGUAGAACAAUGGGGGUCAGCUAAUCCGUGUAUUUGAAAUCAACAGAAGAGCUUGCGGAAAGUGUGAAAUAUAUUGGGUCGGCGCAAGAUACCCGUGAUCUUAGACUAGAUCUGAUAUCGCGCCGACCCAAUAUAUUUCACAUUUUUCAUAAGAAGUCAAAACCCAAACUAGCUAACCGUAAUUUAGUUACACUGUGACAAAGACCCUAGGAAUUUGCAUGGUAUAUACUUAUUAUACAAAAAUCAUUGAAUUAUCCAGACACUCCCGAUGAACAUUUUUUUUAAUGAAAACCUCUUAUCAAAGUACAUCGAACAUAAGUCUCGGUCAAAUGCAAUUAACUCGGGAUUUUAAAAAUAAAUCAUUCGAUGGUUUGUAUUUUUACUUCUAUUAAUUACGUAAUAAAUUAAUUCCAAUUUGUUAAUCAUCGACAAUGCUCUAAUUUCUAUAUUGGAUCAAGUUAUAUUUGUCAAGAUGCAUAUUAACACAAUAUGAUGGAAAUAAUUAUGUUAAACAGCGCAUUUGUCAGAGAGAGAGAGAGAGAGAGCACAUCGGUAAUUAUUAAAUAUCCCUAUCACAUGUUGUACAUGUAUGUUUUUCAUUUAUUGAAUAUACUAAUUCGCAUUCAAAACAGGAAUUGCCUGCAAGUACGCAUUAUUUAAACAUAGAAUUUAAGAAUAUUUUAAUGAAGAAAGAAAACUAUUAAAGAAAAAAAUUCAAAACCAGGUUUUCUUAAAAACAUAAUAUAUAGUGUUUGGUAUCGUUAGAAUUGGCUCAAAAUGCUGAAAAACAAUAUAAGUAUCAGGAGGGAAAAUAAUGACAUUUUUUUCUUUUCUUAAAAUUCCACCCUUAUCUUGAUUAUUUGGCCUGCGGCACAUUUUCACAUCUCCCACAAGGCCCGUGGCUAGAACAAAGCUUUUAGCAGCUGUGUGUAUUCGCAAAUAACACACACCGUGGAACACGGAGGACACGGUGUAUCUCCGUGGAUUUUCCACCGUGGUCUUUCCACGGUGGGGUGUAUAAAACUCGUGUCGUGUACUGUAUUUACAGAAAAGAGAUGUGCACUUAUUUCCUGUGAGCUGCGAUUUAAAAUAAAGUGGGAAAAAACAAGAGGAAAAGGUGCAUUCUGUUAUGUCAUUGUAGUAUGUUUAUAAGUACAUUUUAUACGUACAUUUUAUACAUACAUAUUAUGCGUACAUUUUAUACGUACAGUUUAUACGUGCACUAUACACUUGUGUACUAAAUUACGAAUGUAGAAAUUAUCUGUUCUGAAAUUUUUAAUGAAAUCAUUGUUGUGGCGUACAUACUUUGUGCUUCCUUGACAUUUUCAUGUUGUUUAAUAUCGAGGUAACUCACGAAGUUCCAUCGUAUAAAGAUAUACCCGGUAUGUCCAUUCUAUAAAAAACUGGACAUUUUUAUUUUAUGGAGGAAGGAUCGGAUAAUAUGGUACAGAUUUGUCCUAUAUGGUUUUUUCCACAGGUUCCACACGUCAAUAAUUUAAUUUCACUUGUAACACGAAAUUUGAUUGGCUGUAUACAGUUGAAAGUUCCCGUAGUUUAAUUUUAGUCAAUUUCAAUGCAGACUAAAAAUCAUGAAAUCAAAGUUUCGGUGAAUAUACUUUAGCCAUAUGAAAAUUAUAAUGGACGUAAAUUUGAAAGCAGAUAAGAACUGGAUUAUCUCAUUAAAACAAUGAUAAUUUCACUAUGGUGUUUGUCUAAAAAUGUAAAGCAAGCUUAUUCAAAUCUAUAAAUAUUACACAUUGAUUGAUAUAUGUAUCAUGCUUGUCAAUUUACCAUAGUAAAUAUAUGGUUUUGUGGAACUGUACUAGGUCCAAGAAAUGCCACUCUCUCGAACGUUAUAGGCCCAUUGUACAUGUAACAUAUAAAGGAUGUUCAGAAACGUUUCUUUCAUAUAAUCAAAGUACUGAGAAGCUGUAGGCUUGGUUUGUAAUGAUGCUGUAUGGAUAUACAAGUUACAAUAGUACUACUAGCAUAUGAAAACAAAAUUUUCAUUUAUUUGCUCUAAUUGCUGAGUAAAGGAAAGAAUAAGAUAUUGGAACACCUUUCUAAGUAAUUAUAAAUUCAUACUAUUUUAAUAUUCAAGACGGGGAUUUCUUUCCUUGUGAAAUAUUUUUCAUGAAAUGGUAGAAUGAAAAUAUUUUAUAGCAAUUCAUCUUAUUGUUCGAUUUAAUUCGAUCCUUUAUUGUAAGAAUGACUUAUAAUGAAAGGUGAAGAUAACGAACAGUGAUCAAUCUCAUAACUCUUAUAAGGCAAUACAAAAUAGAGAGUUGGGCAAACACGGACCCCUGGACAUACCAGAGGUGGGGUCAGGUAAUGUAAUGGGAUUUUUAAAUUAAUGAAAUGGCCGCAUUUUGCAGUGAUCGAUAUACACUGUACAUAGUAUGCAUGACACGUUUGUUGGAAUAAAUUACAAACUCGUUUUAAUAUGUGAAAAAUACAUCUUUACAUUAAAUUACACUUAAGAAGAAUAAUACUUAGGUUUUCCUCAUCACAACACUAACCCACUCGCAGAAAAUCAAAACCCAAUCAGUGUAAUGAUAGUACCAGCUAUAAGUGUAAUGAUAGUACCAGCUAUAAGGACAAAGUAACAAAACAAUAUUCUAAGUGUAUUUCUCAAUAAUCUCAUGAGUGUUCUCAAGUUAUUCCAAAAGAAUUCUCAUUCAUCUGAUGAAAUGUUAGAAACAGGUUUCAUAUCUCAAUCAAAUAUAAUUGUAUUUCUCGACAACCUCAAUAAUGUUCUUAAAAAAAACAGAAAACAAUUCUGACAUAUAUGCCCCAUGAAUGCAGCAUUCCAAUGUUCUCAAGCGAUUCCAAUGGUAUUCUUAUUUGCCCGAUGAAAUCUCAGAAACAUAUCUCAUUAUCUCAAUCAAAUCUAAAUGUAUAAUCUUAAUAUAUCUCACAUUCUAAAGAAAUGUUAAAUCGAAUUAAUCCCACCUCGAUUUUUACAUAAUGUAUCUUGUUUUAAAACUGUUUAUAAUUUUCAAUCUACUUGUAUCAUACUUCUUAAACAUGUGAAAGUACAUUUCCUUUUCUCAAACACUUUCUUAAUUAGGCCUAUAACUGGUAUUAUAAAUGUAUUCAAUUCAUGAUGCCCUUCUCGCAUCCACUGUACUUUAUGAAUAUCUAUAUAUGUUGUACGAUAUUAUGUAACAAUAACGCCUUCUUUAUAUGAAAUAAAAAUAGGUAUUUGAGGUGUCCUGAUCCUAGAUUAAAACGAUACACAAGUGUACGCGGAUAUAGUCAAUAUGUCACUCGAUAAUAAUAAUAAAAAAAGAAGAUUUAGAUCUAUAUAAUUUUGAUGCUUUUCAAAUAAUUACAAAACAAUAUUGUGAUGAUCAUUAAUUUUUAUAUAACCUUAAUUUUUCUCAAUUUACUAGACCAACGAAGAAAUAUCUACAUUAUAUAUUGGUCUUGAAAGUUAAUUGUAAUAACGCUAUGAUUAAAAGUUAGGGUCUAAAUAUGUUUGCUUAGUAUUAUAGUAUCACACCAGUAAAUUUAAUUGUACCAGAACAUACUUUGAACGAACGUUUAAUACAAAACAACGUUCACAGUCCUCAUCACUUUUUUCAUUUUAUACAAGGCCAAAAAUAAAAUUUAAUUUGUUUGAUGUACUCCGACCGACCCGUCAAAUUUGCUCCUACCCGAUCAUUUUUUUCAUCAAUUUUAAAUUUCAUUUUUUUUGUUUUGAUUCCCUUGAAAAAUAGAAAAUUCUCCUUACUUUAAAACUAAAUAUUAAAUCAUUUCAUAACAUUAAAAAACAAACAAAAACACCUACCUACCGACCCACCUUGAAAAAUGUGAGUCGGAGUACAUCAAACAAAAAUAUUUUUAAUGAUGGCCCAAUGAAUACAUGCACAGUGUACAUGUAUAUGUUGCUAAGAUAUUUUUCUUUCUUAAAUCGGGCAAAUACAUUAAUUUGAUCAAAAUCAAAAUUGGGAAUUUCUUUACAAGCGGUAAAAUAUGCUCUUAAAAUAUUCUGCCCCAUAAAUUGAUUGUUUGUAUAAAAGUGUACAAAGUGUUUCACAAUAAUCUUGUAAUUGCGGCAUUAUGCCAGCACCUACUACAUUGUAUGGACAGAAAAUGGAAAGAAUUCCUCUCUCUCUUAAAUACAUAUCGUUUGAAUUAUUGAUAUUAUAAAACAAGUGUAUGUGCACUUAUACCAAUCCCUCUCUAUUAUCAUAAGUUAUCAAAUGGCGAUCAAAUUUGACAAAAAAGGAAAGAGAGCAAAUACAACAGCUGACGAACAGAAAAGGGAGUUUCACUGGAAUAAUCACAAUUGUGAACUUAUAUUUUCAAUGUUGUUUUCAGAGGAAUGAUGAUCUCUUAUCAAUUGGUUAGCUUAAAUAUGUUUCUAUAGAUGCCUACCAUGGAAAUAGUAAAAGAAUUUGAAAGGUUAUUUCUUUUUUUAGUAUUUUUCUUCAUUUUCACAUUUUUUUUCCAUUUGUGAAUCAACAUACUGUCACAAUCGGCGGGGUGUCAGAAAAUGGAAAAUCCGGGGAAAUGGGUGGUACCCACAAGUGCUUGCUUUUAUACAGUAAGUUAAAUACGAUUUUAAAAUAUGUACAUGAAUAAUUCUAUAUAUAAAAUGAGGAUGACUUCACGUUUUCUCUGUAAUCUAUGCUGCCCUUGUUCAUCAUGUAAUAAGCCUUCUUUUGAUUUUACAAAAUCCUGAUCACCCUAUGAUAUCAACUAUACCUAUAGUAUUUUACACAGUCACCUGGAUUGUGGAUAGUUUGUAUAGAUCUUAUGUACAUGUAUACAUGUACCCCCUCCCCGCUUUCUAGAAAGAAAUUAUUUUUAUACAGAACCAAUAAAUUAUCCAAAAUAUGUUAUUUCCCCAUCUAUCACCCUCACAAGUCGUUAUGAAUAGUUAGUUUCAACCUGUAAGCUUUAGAAAUGAUCACUUGUGAGAUACUAAUAGGGUAUAUACCAGUAAGCUUUAGAGAUGACCACUUGUGAGAUACUAAUAGGGUAUAUACCUGUAAGCUUUAGAGAUGACCACUUGUGAGAUACUAAUAGGGUAUAUACCUGUAAGCUUUAGAGAUGACCACUUGUGAGAUACUAAUAGGGUAUAUGUAAAGGUGUGCAACAAAUUAUAUAAACAAACAGGGGGCUGGCUACCUGCUUCCAGACCGAUCCACGGGGUAUAAAACAACUUUAUCGACGGAAUUUCUGCGACUAUCUCGUCAGGCUAAUGUAGUUCUACUUAAUGUUUUUCGUCUUAAUUCCAUGGCAUCCGUUUUAUUUGUCGUAUUCUGCCAUUUACUUCAUCGUACCGGAGCUUUUACGUCCAUUGACAGCCUUAAGGAGGUUGUGACAUCACUUUGCGUUUUUCGUUGUAGUCAAUCUCAAAACACCAACACACUAACCAGUGAUUCCUGAUACUUACAUGUAUGUUUGAAAUAAAUAUGAAAUCGAAAUAACAAAUAUACUGCCUAAUAGAAACUUUCGCGAAUAAACGCGUAACUUUCGCGAAUAAACGCGUAACUUUCGCGUUAUAACGCGAAACUUUCGCGAAUAAACGCGUAACUUUCGCGUUAUAACGCAAAACUUUCGCGAAUUAACGUGUAACUUUCGCGUUAUAACGCGUAAAUUUUGCUUAUAAACGCCAACGUUGGUGUAAACCCCAAUUUACCGAUUAAAUGCCUCACUAUUAUGGAGGUAGCAUGAUAUAAUUUGUUCAUUGCAAUGAAGAAUAAUGAAAGACUUGUCCAGCUGUACUUUGAACUUGAACUAUCAUAUGCUGAAAUUUUAAACUUUCUUGCAAUUGUGCAUCAAGUCAUUAUUAGUAACUCGACAUUGAAAAGAACGCUGAAAAGAUUACGACUAACGAGAAGAAAAAAAUAUUCUGAUGUCUGCGAUGUUGCUUUGUUUAUUUUGAAUGAACUGCAGAAUUCGGGACAGCUUCAUGGCUACAAAUGGAUGCACAACAAGUGUAAACUCUCUUGAUUAACAGUUUCUCGAGACACAGUGUAUCAUCUCAUGAAAAUUUUAGACCCAGAUGGGAUAUUGAAACGGAAGAGAAGAAGACUACAUAGACGGCAAUAUGUCAGCAAUGGUCCUGAUAACGUAUGGCAUAUUGACUCAUAUGAUAAAAUGAAGCCAUACGGAAUAGCUAUAAAUGGAUGUAUUGAUGGAUUUUCAAGAAAUGUGAUUUGGUUGGAGGCCAACUCAACCAACAGCGAUCCAAAAGUUAUAGCUGAUUACUAUAUAAAAGCCGUGCAACGCCGGAGGGGAUGUCCCCUAAGGAUAAGGGCUGACAUGGGGACGGAAAAUGUUUACAUCGAGCAAAUGCAGAAGUUUCUAAGACACAAUCAUAUCGACGCUCAGUCUGGUGAAAAAAGUUUUAUAUAUGGGAAAAGCACGCACAAUCAAAGAAUAGAAUGGUUUUGGGGAAUUCUAAGAAAGGAAGUUGGGCAGUUCUGGAUGGCUUUAUUCGCAGAUAUGGCCAAUUGCAUUGGAGAAACUACCUUCUGCGGAACUUUCUUGGACAAAAAUUUAGUACAGUUCUGUUUUAUGGAUAUCAUUCAGGUAAGUAUUUAAGGAACCACAAAUAUUUUUAUGAUCAAUAUGCAGAUUGUUUGAAUAUUGAAAUUCCAAGUACGCGAGCGGCUUUAGCUAUCGAGCAAUAAUAUGUACUUUGAAGGAACAAAACUUGUCCGUAUGUCUUUCUCUCUAUUUCUUUCUUUCUUCUAAGGAUUUUUCAAUUAGAAUAGCUGUAACCCGAUGUAAAUAGUAUGAACAUUAAACACAUAUUCUACCUUAAUUUUCAUUUUUAUAGAAAGAUUUGGAUAACUUGGUGGAAAUCUGGAACACUCAUACUAUCUCUGGUGGAAAAGACAUGCAUGGUGGGAACAGACCAAUUAUGCUCUACUCGCUUCCAGAACUAUAUAACAAACAACAGUGCCUUUGUUACGCAGAUGAAACAGAAAUCACUACCUGCUCGGAAGAAACUACGCCAAAAGCUGAGUUUUCUUGUGACGAGACUGUUCGAGAUCUACGCCUAUUGCUUAUGGAGGAAGAUAGAUAUGAAUCUCCGAGAGAUUCCGAGGAAGCAAAAAAGCUAUACAUUCAUCUUAGGGGAAAAGUCUUUAAUAGAACUUAUUUCUGAUUUCAACAAUUUCUAUACAGGGUCAGGAUGCAAUGUCAUAAUGAAUAUGAUUACCAAAGUAAACCUGCGCAAUUUCACUACACAUCGAAGAAACAUUAAAUUAUGUGAUAUUAACGGUCGAGUAAAACACUGGUCUGUAGGGAAAAUGAAAUGAGGAGGUUUUAUAACAGUGGACUCUUUUUACGUGUAUUAUAUAUUUAGAUAAAAGGCCCAUGGGGUGUCACGGUCACCUGAGAGUCAUGACCUUUUCUUGAUAAGACCAACUUAGUUCGACCUGGAAAUGGAACUCUGAAUUUAGUGCCAUGCAUUUCACAAAUUGGUGAGGAUUCUAUCUUUAUUAUCAUAUUUGUGAAGCAAUCAUAUUUGUACUGCAACUCGGUAUAAAGUCUGCUUACUUGGCCUAAAUGUUCAUGAAUAUAACUAAAAUUUUCAAAGGUAUACUGUAUGAAACAUUGUCAAUGUAUGACCGACCAAGCUCUUACCUGGGGCCUGGAUGCUGAUCCGAGGGGGACAUGGAUUCAAAAUCUGGGUAAAGGGCUAGCUGCCUAUAAUAAUCAUACAAACAGUUUGACUGGGAGAUGUCCAGAGGAAAAGAAAAAUAUUUUCAAAGGUGUUCUACAAUUUCAAUAUAUGACCACCCUGUAGCCUGAAACUUGGACCCAGAAGCCAUGAAUUUUAUAAUUUUGGUAAAGGACUAAGUACUCAUUGUAUUCAUGCAAACUAUUUGUCUGCUAGAUAUCCAGGAGUACAGAAGGUUUUUAUGACCCUGUAAUCGGAGAUUCGAGGGCAUAUAGUUUUUGGUCUGUCCAUCUGUCUGUCUGUCUGUUUGCAAAAACUUUAACUUUAGUCAUAACUUUUGAAUGGAUGGUGAUAGGGCUUUCAUAUUUCAUAUAUGUAUUCCUUUUGACAAGACCUUUCGUUUGGUACCAUAAUUAUUUUGCUGCCAUACCGGAGGAUCGGUGUUUCACAAACACGUCUUGCUGUGGGGUUUUUUCCAAAAGUAUAAUGCAUUUUCAAUAUUUUAUCAACUUACUGCCACCCUUGGAUCUGAAUCCAGGGAUCAUAUACUUCACAGAUUUGGUAUUAUAACCAUGCGUACAUGAGCAUAAACCAUGAAAUUCACAAUUCGUGUUCCCCAGUACUCAGAGAUGCUAUCUAAAAAAAACUUCGUUGACAUUUAUUCAACCGUUCCAGAAAAGAAGCUGAUAAUGUUCAAAAGUUUACGAUUGAUGAACGGUGCACGACGUCAGAUGAAAACAGACAUGCAAUUUACUGAGAUGCUAAAUAUACCAAAUGAUAAAUAAUCACGAAUUUAAAAAAAAUGAUUUAAACAAUUAAAAUUCAUAAAAUUUACCGUCUUAUAUUAUUUCCUGACAAGUUCAACUUCCCCUUUUAUUUUAAUUUUUGUAAAGGGGGGGGGGUAAUUUUAGGAAAAAUCUGAACUGAAACUACAAACAUGAUAUUAACGCAUAUUAACAGGUAAAGGAAAAUCAGUCUUUAAAUAUGCCAUAAUUAUGAUUAUAAAAUAUUUGUGUAUACGAUAUCAUAAUCGUGAUUACAUGUAGCUGUAGACUGGUUAAUGGAUAUUCUAUCUUUUUAUUUAAAGAUUACCAACGUUAUUCAGUACACGUACAAUAUUACACUUGCCAUUCGUCAGUCAUAGGACAUUGUACACUUUCAUAGCACUAAAUCCAUAUCUGUUAAAUUGAUCUGGGGAUUUUUGUAAUAUGUCGAUUUUGUAAAAAAAAAAAAGAAAUUCUAAUUUACCGGAUCAAAGUAAAUAGAACAAAUUAAAAAUAACAACAAAACGCAACUGUCAGAAACAUGUCUACUAUCUAAAACUAUUAUGCAACACAAUAACUCUGUGGACAAAAAUUGAGAAUUUUUAAAUUCUGGUUGAAAAUCAAACCCGUGAAUAACUGUAUUUUGAAAGAAUGUUACGAAAAUAUAAUUGCAAUCAAUGACAGCUGGAUUAUUAAUGUAAAAGACGAAUUGUCAAGCAUUGGUUUAUAAUAUUUUUUGAAGAGUCGUGUGUGAGUCAACUUAGCGAAUUUAGAAUAUUGGAUAUAUCUAAUGCCGUCUCUUUUAAAUUCACCAAAGAGUGUUCUGUAUCAACAUUUAAUACAUAACUUUUGUUUACAAAAUCAUAUCUUAGAAGACCAAUCAACUUUUAAAAUGGGGGAAAAUUAUCAUUGAAUUCACAUUCUUUUACAAUUGAAAAAGUUCAACAUAACAGAACGAAGUUUUGUAAAUCAUGUGACCAUAAUGAUGUAGAAGAUGAGUUUCAUUUUAUCCUGCAAUGUCCAUUCUAUGUUGAUUUGAGAAAGAAAUAUAUCAAAGCUUGAAAUCAAUUAAGCUUCUUAAUGUGAAUAAUAAUAAAGAACUCAAUAACUUGGGAAAAUUUAUAGUACAAGCUGUGAAAACUAGAAUUGUCUUAACGGGACUAAUAACCCACCCCACCCCCCUCCCGCGGGGCUCAUCGAUAUUGGGGUAUAUUUGGAAAAAAUGGUAUAGCCGAAGACCAGAAAGACAUGAUUUAAUUAUUCAUGUUUCAUCUGAAUACAAGUUACAGAAUACACUAAAUCCCUUUGACCUUAAUAUUUAUCAAUAAUCGUGGUGUAAUAACAAUCUAAUUAAAAUUAGAUGUUAGAUCCGCUCACGAGUAUCUAACAUCUAAUUUUAAUUAGAUUGGGUGUAUUAAAGGAUGCAAAUUUUCUACAACAAAACAUCCAUGCUUUAGUCUCUUGGAAAAUGCCUAGACAAAAUCAUAUCAGUAGGGAGAUAGGCGGACAUUUUCUGUUUUAUUUCCUCAGAGAAAACGUCACUUAAAAAUGCAUAAAAUUCAAAAUCUUCGUUCAUUGUCCUAGUCACCUGUACCUUAUUUACAAAACUAUAUUUAUAUAGAAUGCUUCGCGUUAUAACGCGAAACUUUCGCGAAUAAACGCGAAACUUUCGCGUUACUUCCCGAAAGUUACACGUAAUAACGCGUAAUAAUUUUUUGAGCUACGGAAAUGAGCUUAAUGGGCUUUCGUAGAAAACAGUUGCAUGGUAAUGUAAAUACUUAGAAAAAGGAGGGGGAGGGGGGGGGAAUCCAUCAGGGUUGCAUUUCAUACACUCCUGUUUUUUUCAAAAAUAAAUUUAUUUCUCAUAUUUACUUUCAUUUUCUGUCAGAAUUCUCAGUCGUUAGAACAGACGUAAUAUAGUUAUCAUGUAGUUCUAUAGAGGUAAGCGAGACCAGCCCUUCACACCCUGUCUCCUGCAGUGCUACCUGGUAUGUACAUGUACAUUAUCAUGUUGGACAUAAGCCCCUAACAUGCAUCAGACUGAAGUGAGGUGGAUGUCGCCCCAACCAUCCCCAGUGGUGGCCCCACUAUUAGUUUACUUGUUUUAACUUCUACGACUUUUAGUACUGUACAUUGCACCCUGCUUUAGAAGCAGGUGGGGAAACAACCAGGUUUUAUAGCAGAAACAGUCAUCACAUACAUGUACCAUUACCAACUCCCCAGUUCGGCCAUAGACAUUGGAACAAUGUCCUCCACAAAAUCCUUGUAGGAUUAAAAAACAAGAGGCCCAUGGGCCACAUCGCUCACCUGAGUCACCUUGGCCCAUAUCUGAAGACUUUCCAUAUAUAUUUGCAUGUAAAACCUUAGUCCCUAUUAUGGCCCAAACUACCCUUUGCAAACUUGAAUCUACACUAUGUCAGAAAGCUUUCAUGUAAAUGUCAACUUCUUUGGCCCAAUGGUUCUUGAGAAGAAGAUUUCUAAAGAUUUUUCCUAUAUUUGUAUGUAAAACUUUGACCAUGUAAAUCUCAGCUUUUCUGGCUUAGUGGUUCUUGAAAAGAAGAUUUUUAAAGUUUUUCCCUUUAUAUUUGUGUGUAAAACUUUGACCCCCCUUGUGGCCCCAUCCUACCCCCGGGGCCAUGAUUUGAACAAACUUGAAUCUGCACUAUAUCAGAAAGUUUUCAUGUAAAAAUCAGCUUUUCUGGCUCAGUGGUUCUUGAGAAGAUUUUAAAGGUUUUUCCCUAUAUAUUUGUGUGUAAAACUUUGAUCCCCCCUUGGGGCCCCAUCUUAUCCCCGGGGGCCAUGAUUUGAACAAACUUGAAUCUGCACUAUGUCAGAAAGUUUUCAUGUAAAAAUCAGCUUUUCUGGCUCAGUGGUUCUUGAGAAGAAGAUUUUUAAAGAUUUUUCCCAUAUAUUUGUAUGUAAAACUUUGAUCCCCUAUUGUGGCCACAUCCAACCUCCGGAGCCCAUGAUUUGAACAAACUUGAAUCUGCAUUAUGUCAGGAAGCUUUCAUGUAAAUCUCAGCUUUUCUGGCUUAGUGGUUCUUGAGAAGAUUUUUAAAGUUUUUCCCUAUAUAUUUGUAUGUAAAACUUUGAUCCCCCCUUGUGGCCCCAUCCUACCACCGGGGGCCAUGAUUUGAACAAACUUAAAUUUGCAAUAUGUCAGGAAGCUUUCAGGUAAAUUUCAGCUCUUCUGGCCCAGUGGUUCUUGAGAAGAAGAUUUUUAAAUGAUCCCACCCUAUUUUUGCAUUUUUGUGAUUAUCUCCCCUUUGAAAGGGACAUGGCCCUUCAUUUGAACAAACUUGAAAGCCCUUCACCCAAGGAUGCUUUUGGUCAUGUUUGGUUGAAAUUGGCCCAGUGGUUCAUGAGAAGAAGAUGAAAAUGUGAAAAGUUUACAGACGGACAGACAGACAGACGGACGCCGGACAAAAUGUGAUCAGAAAAGCUCACCUGAACCGAAAAUACAAUAAAGAGUUACAUGGAUAAGAAUAAGUCUAUUGACCAAACCACAGUACUUGAACCGAGAGUUGCACAGAAAUUACAGUAAACACACAAUUGACAGCAGCAGUAAGCACGAAAUAUUAAAUUACUUGUGCGGCGGGUAAGAAACACCUUGACGUUUGAAAAAAUUAUUCCAAGGCCGCUUGAAUAUUGUUGAGAAAUAAUUGAUUUCCCAGGACCGACAGAUGAGUGCCAUCUGUUCGGAAUGUCCACUCAAUCUCAGUAGCCUUGAUGACAUGGUCGUGUCCAAUGUACAAACCUCUUACCUGGUAAGCCAUGGAUAUUUAUCAUGCACUUUUUCUUUUCUUUUUUGAUUUUGGGACCAGCAUCAAGAGGGGCAAAAUGCCAAUAUCUUCUAGGUACUGAAAACGUGUCAUAGGAGUGUCAUCCGCAUGAAACGAGGAAUAUAUUAGUAUAUGGGGGGGGGAGCUGUACAUAUGUCUUAAUUGGUAGUGUUGGACAGAAAUUGGUGUCCGGAAGUCUGAUAAUUUGACAAACUAGGGGGUUUGCCGGUUUGAUUGGUCUUGGAUCUAUGUAAAAAUACUGACACUUGACCUAGCUGGUUUUGAGAAACGUGUGCAAUCAUCAAUGACAAAACUUCACUGACCCAGAGCAAACUGUAAAAUGCCAAUGAAAAGUCUGGUGGAAAAAAGACACGAUUCAAAAAGGCGAGCGACAUACUGAUGUUAAAGCAUGACUGAUUUUAACAAAGAAUUGGUACGAUAUGGGAAGUCCGAUAUAUUUGUUGACGCCUACAGACCGCUUGACACCUUCUAGGGAUUACAAGAGAAAUUUGAUUGGUUGUUUAUUUACAUCAACCAGAAUUCGCUGUGAAUUUCCCCCCAAGACAUAGCAGGGUUGGAGGCCUUACGGAGUCGGAAUUGCUCGUCAUACUUCUGCCAAUUUUUUGAGCGAUUAGUGCAAGCCUAAUAUUUCGCUUGUACUUAAGCAUUUCUUGGGCCGUUAGUACGAUGCUCAUGUAAAUCAUGAAGGCUGAUGUCCACUUUUCUAUGCUCAAAAAGGAGUUAAGUUGGCGCUUGACUACGCAUAGCUUGCUAUUGACAAGUUGUAAAUCCCCGUGGGACUCAAAUUGCUCCAAUUCCGUAAUCGAUUUGAGUAGGGCAGACAGAUCAAUAAAUCCCCCUCCCAUAUUUUUUGCUAGAGUUUAAGCGGGACAUGACUGCCGAUAUAAUCACAUGCAGAUGUAAUUUGACAAGGUAAGGGUAAAUAGGCCGCUUGGCCCAACAAAAAAUUGCAAGACUCACCCGGGUUAUCCGGUGUAUUAUCAAGUGAGAAUCGAGGGACCUCUUCAGGGGGUUGUGGCUGUCCCUCUGCCGGGGCUUGUCGAUCCGUCCAAGGUGUGACCGUGCGAUUUGGACUUCAUUCCCGGAGUUGAGCUGUUGUCCGACGGUUACGACGUUUCAUUCCGACCCCCUGGCCGGGGAUCUCUAAGUCGCCGCUCGUUUUUUAGGUGGCAUUCCUAAUGCAGGAAAAAAUGUCAAGAAGCUAUGUGUAGGGAAUAAAUCCAAAAAGGGGUGAAAAAACUUCGGCCACGUGCUUGGUUUCCGCCUCAAAUACAAGAACAACGUUGCUGCUUCGGUUGGGAAAAGUGUAAAGAAUGGGUUCGAUCACAGGGAGUACCGAGUGUGAC